AUGAAUUUUAUCAGGAUAUUUGGUUUUGUAUUCGUUUUCGUUAUGGCGCUUAAUGUCGCUGUAAGUGCACCAAACCCAAGGUGGAAUCCAUUUAAGAAAUUGGAAAGACUCGGACAGAACAUUCGCGAUGGAAUCAUAAAAGCAGGUCCUGCCGUCAGUGUAAUUGGUCAAGCAGCCACAAUAGUUAAGACAGGAAAAUGA